AUGUCUCUGCCUUACUCUUGCACGAAAGAAACUGUUGUAUCAUACUAUGUUGAAUCUCUUUCUCCCAUCUUUCAUCAAAUAGUUUCCAGCAUUUAUAUUGACAUCAAUAGCACUAUAGCUGAUUCUUCUUCCGAAACUUCUAACUCGUUUCUUCCUGCCAUAACACUUCCCUUAAUCAAAUACCCAAUUCGCGAUUCAAUUUUUCACUCCUCCUCGCAUUUGAAAAAAUUAAUCGAUAUCCUAUCUAAAGAUCAAAAUUUAAAUGAUUCCUAUAUAAAAUUAAUCCUAGAGUUUCUCUUUGUCAAUUAUCUAUUAAAGUUUGAGAAAAAAGAUUAUAAUUUAUAUCUAUCUUUAAUUCAAAAUCACAAAUUUAAUGAUAUUUACCUAAAUAACGACUAUGAAUAUUCUUCAUCAAUUGAUUCUCGCUCAAAUCAACCUCGUUUACAUUUCCUUAUAAGUGAUUCAUCUUUAAAAAUUGAUUUGAAAUUAAACGUUUAUUCAAUCAUACUCGAUUUAUCUAAUUUCCUAAUCAACAUUAAAAAACUACCCUCUUUUGAUUUAUCUUUUAUCUUGAUCGAAAAAAUCUUUAAAUUUAACUCCUUCUAUAAAAAUUUGAAAUUUCUCAAUUACUUAAACUCAAGAUAUUUAAAUCUAAUCAAUUUCAUCAAUCAUAUCAAUAACUUAUCUUAUAAUAUAGGAGAUUUAUCUUCUCCCUCUCAAAAUGACUUAAAUACAAUAAAUAACAUAAAUUCAAAGAAAAAAUAUUUAUCCUCCUUGAUCGGUAUUCAGAGACCUGGAAACAUCCUAUUAUUACUAUCAAAUAAUCUAAUCUCAAAUUUACUUCCUUCAAAUGAUUAUUAUAAAACUAAUGAUAUUCUUAUAGGUAAAAUCUAUCUCCUACUAGCCAACUUUUUCAAAAUUAAUGAUCAAUUAUUUUUAUCAAUUUCAAAAUCUUUUUCUUCUUCCAACAACAAUACUAAUAAUGAUUACUACUCUUUUUAUAGCUCUUCUUUAACUAGCAAUAAUAAUAAAAACACUCAUCAGGACUAUUUAUCUGUCAAAUCUAAUAAUAAUUUGAAAAAUUCCUUUUUAUCGUUAUCUCAAGCACCUUCAUUUUCCUCAUUACCUUCUUCAGCUCACUCUGUUUUAUCUGCCUCUUCAAAUUUAUCAAAUUCAAUAAUACCAAAAUCCUACUCAAGAUACUCCAAUAUUAAAAAAUUCAUUAUUAACCCCUUAUCUUUCAUACCAAUUAAAAAAAAAUUAUCCUCAGCUUUAAAUGAUUUAGAUUUCUUAAUUCUGGAUUUCAUAAAUAUCAAUAUAGAAAGAAGGCAUUUAAAGAAAAAGGAAAUCUCAAAAAAUGACUAUAAUAACUCAAUUAAUAAUUCUCUAUCUCUUUUCAACAAUCUAGUUUUUCAUAAUAAUAAUAAUAAUGAAAACAUUUCUUCUGUUUUAUUAAAUUUAGACGAUUCUGCAUUUUUAAAAUUUUUAGUUCAAUCUCAUAAUUUAAAUCGAAUUUAUUUUAAUGAUUUCCUAUAUUAUAAAAAGAAAUUCAAUUAUUAUAAUAAUAAAAACUUUUAUGAUACAAAUACUUUAAUCUCAAAUAAAUCAGAUUAUUUAAUCCAAUGUAAUCAUGAUACAAAAUUCAUUACUCAAAAUUUAAUUCAAUUUUUCAUUCUAGUCAAUUUCUUAUUAAAUAUAACUGUUAAACUACAACGUGAAAAUAUCUCCAUAUUAACUAAAUAUUAUACAUUUUUACCUUGGAAUCACACUUUCAUUGAUAAUAAAAAUACAUCUAAAACUUCUGAUACUUUACUGGCUCCAUUAUCUGAAUUAAAAAUUAAAUCAGUAUAUCCCUCCGUUUUUACCCCGAUUCCUGAUCAAGAUUUUUUUAAUUUAUUAUAUAGACUUAAAAAAACUAUUCUAAGUUAUUUGUUUGAUUAUGAUAAAUCUUUGAAUUAUUCGAUCAAAAACUCUUGUGAGCAAAAUGAAUUAUAUUGGUUAGGCUCAAAAAUGGUCAAGUUCAAAAAUUUUUAUGAAAUUAACUACCUUUCCUUAAAUUUUAAAAACGAAACUAAUAAUUAUAAACUAAUCCCAAAUUUUUUCGAAAGAUGUGUUCUAUAUCAAAUGGGUAAUUACAAACUAGCUCAAUUAUGGAAAAGAGAAAUUGGCAUUAAAAAACUUCAAAAUAACCAAAAUUUGAAUAAAAAAUUCAACAACUUAAACUUUCAAGAUAACAUCGACACAAUUAAACAGGAUUAUUUGGAACUAGAAGAGAGAAUUGAUAAAUGUACCGAUUCAUUGAACUCAAUUAAUCAAAAAAUUGAGAAAAAAAGUACUACUUCUAAUAACACUAAAACCACUACUACUACUACUACUACUACUACUACUACUACUACUACUAAUAAUAAUAAUAAUAAUAAUAAUAAUAAUAAUAAUAAUAAUAAUAAUAAUAAUAAUAAUAAUAAUAAUAAUAAUAAUAAUAAUAAUAAUAAUANUAAUAAUAAUAAUAAUAAUAAUAAUAAUAAUAAUAAUAAUAAUAAUAAUAAUAAUAAUAAUAAUAAUAAUAAUAAUAAUAAUAAUAAUAAUAAUAGUGGCGAUAACGAUAAUAGUAAAAUUGAUAAUGUAAAUAGUGUUAACACCAAUAAAGAAGAUAAAAAUGAUGAAAUUAUGAAAGUUGCUGAUAAUACCGAUAAUAUUGAAAUCACUAAAGCUACGAAGGAUAACAGUAUCAAUAGUGAUGAUGGUAGGAUUGUUGACAAUGAAAUGGAUUUUGAUUUGACGGAUAAAUAUAAAUUAGAAACAAAUUUGAAUAAACUAAAAGAUGAAAGAAAUUUGAAAAAUUGGAAGAAUCUUCGAAUUUCAAGAAAAAAUGGUUAUUGGUUAAAAUUCGAUUUAGUGUCGUCGAAAAUUGGAUUUAAAGGAUUAUUUGAUAAGUCUCUCAUAGAAACGGAAAAAGUAGAACGAAUGAGGAAGGAAAAACUUGAAAACAAUGUGUUAAAACAGAGACUUCAUAAAAAACAUUUAUUACAAGCAAGAUCAAAACAAGUAAAACGAAAAUUUGAUUAUUCUAAUAAUAAUGGCAAUAUAAUUAACAAUAGCAAUUUCUUGAAUCCUAGUUUUAAAAGAAAGAAGAUUGGUCACGAUAACCCGCAUCUUUUGGGUCAAUCAGCUCCAAAUUCAACAAAUGAUUCUCAAAUAAUGAAUCUUGAAUAUUAA